AUGGCGAGGCCAGGCCACAGGGCGUCGCUCCUCCUCGUCCUAGCCGUAGCCACCUCCGUGCUGCUGCUCGCGGCCGGCGCCACGGCCCAGGGCUGCGCGAACGCCACGUUCCCGGCGGGCCGGUCGUUCGAGCGGUGCGACACCCUACCCGUGCUCGGCGCCAGCCUGCACUGGACGUACCACGCCGGGAACGGCACCGCGGAGCUCGCGUUCCGCGCGCCGUCAGGCAGCGGCGGGUGGGUGGCCUGGGGCAUCAACACCGCCGGCGCCGGCAUGGCCGGCAGCAGCGUGUUCGUCGCCUCGCAGAACGCCGGCGGCGCCGUGUCCGUGCUCACCACGGUCCUGGAGAGCACGUCCCCUAGCCUGAAGAACGGCACCCUCAAGUUCGACGUGCCGGUGCCGCCCACCGCCGAGUACGCGGGAGGCGCCUACACGAUAUACGUCACGGUGGCGCUGCCGGGGAACUCCACGACGCAGAACACGGUGUGGCAGUCCGGCCCGCUCAGCAGCGCUGGGGCCAUAUUGCCGCACCCGAUGUCAGGAGCGAACUUGCACAGCGUCAAGAAGCAGGAUUUCCUGUCCGGCUAG